AUGGAUAAUAAUAAUAUAAAUAAUGAAAAUAAUGAAAAUAAAUCAUCAUUUUUUUCAUUUGAUAAUUUACCAAAACAUAUAAUGGCACCAUCAUUUUUAAAUAAAGAAAUGCCAUUAAGUAUGUUUUUUAUUUCAGCAGGUUGUUUAUCAGCAGUUGGAUUUGGUGUUGGUUUAUUAGUUGGUUUAAGAAAGAAUGGAGGAAUUAGACAAACAAUUAGAACAGCACCACCUGGUGUAGUUGGAUCCGCUGUUAAAGCAUUAAUUGGUGGUACUGCAAUUUGUGCCGCAAUGACAACAGGUUUAGUUUAUGUUUUAAAAAGUGCCUACAAUAUUGAAACUGUCAAAGAUUUUGGUGAUAUGAUGAGAGGUAAAAAAUCUGAAAAAAUUCCAAAUUUAAUUUUGACUGAAACCCAAAAUUCAACCAAUCUUGAUAAUAAUAACAUAAUAAAUUUCCCAAUUGAUGAAUCAAAAUUAACUGAUGAAGAAAAAUUAAUUCAUAAAGAAAAUAUUAAAGCUUUAAAAGCAAUGAAAUAUUUACCAUAUACUGAUGAAGAUUUUAAAGAAAAUAAUAAUAAUAAUAAUAAUAGUAAUAAUAAUAAUAGUGGUGAAACCAACAAUUUUCUUGACAAAAAUAGUGAAAAAAAAAAGUAA